CUUUCACUUGACUAGGGGUAGGAAAUCUUUAUUUUAUUUUAUUUUAUUUUUUUAAGGAAAAAGAAAAAUAGAUUAAAAUAAUGGCAUUUCGAGCACCACCCAUUCAACUUGCAAAACAUGUGUCCAAUUUGAUGAAGGGAAAGUUAAUAACCAAAACACCUGUAUGGCUUCCUGUCGUUCAGGCCUUCCCUCCUGGACCAAGCAUUGUGCGUUCACAAAACUCAGAAGUUAAUGUAUCAGGUCAAACAGAAAUGGAGCAAACUAUGUUUGCUAAACCUCAACCUACUCAAAGUCUUCGUCAUUCUCAAAAGCAUUUACGUACUCGACCUCCUCGACCUCGUGCUAUUGUUUAUCCUGAAGAUAAAUUAAGAAAACAAUUUUAUAAAGAUCAUCCAUUUGAAUUGGCUCGACCCAAAGUUUUAGUGGAGCCAGAAUUAGGUAUCAAUCGUACUGACUUUAGUAAACUCAUGUUAGACGGCAUGCAUCCUUCUCAGAUUGAUGGUGAAGCUGUCAUCAAAUAUCAACUUUAUUUAAUGGUCCAUGAAAAGAUGCCUGAAAGAAAAGCAUAUGCAAAGGCAACAUCAGAAUUUUAUGAAAUUAGAGCAAAACAAGAAGAAGAAGAAAGAGAAGCAAGAGCAAAGAUGAGUGACAUUUUACAAGUAAUUCAAAGUAAGAAAUGGACAAAGAAGGGUAUUUAUUUGGAGGGAGUAGCUUUAAGGAAGGGUUUUGAAGAUCAGUUUUAGAUAUGCUAUUGCUAUUGCUAUUAUUAUUAUUAUUAUUAUUAU